AUGUCAAAGGACGAAAAGUACCCUUCAUCCGCCGACGAAUGGAGCGAAAUCUUGACUUCUUUCAGAACAUUCCAGGCUACUUCGCAUUCAAAAUACAGAGCGAUACAGCAACCUCGCGAUGAAGUUUCCCAGAUGCUGUCUUCCGCGAAUUCCCAAACCGGUUUACAAACACCAACACAUGAAGUAAGGACUAGCUUCACCAUGGCCAAACCUUCCGUCGUCCAGAAACAACCCUACCAGGAGGGUGAUUCUGGGUUGGGAGCACUCAGCCCACAGGAACCAGGCAAAUUAAGCCCUGCGACAUUAGAUAUAGCCAUGGUCAAAUCUGCUGCAGUGGACAUACCCUCAGAAGAAGCAGCUGACCGUACCCGAAAGCGAACUCCCAAAAAAGAAAACACGACAAACUCUGGCCACUGCUGCAGCCAACAGCAGUCACCGGCUAUAGAAAUCCAGCCUGCCUCUGAUUCUGACCCUGUUACUGAAAUGAAUAACGAUUGUUCAGGUGGUUCCGAUGAAGUUCUUCUCCGACAAUACAAAAUAAAUGCACCCAAACCCCCAACUGUUCCAGAUAGUGCAGCUCCUCCGUUAAAUAGACAGCAGGCUUGCAUAGCCGUCCAAAAUCUAAACAAAAUAUUUAAGGGGAGGAGUUCGACUGCCUUGGAGUGCUCUGACGCCAGUCCCCUGAAUAAAUUCAGAGCCACUAGCUCGUUUAGUGACAAUACUGCUAUGCGGAGAGCACACACCUUUCUAGGGCCACCCAAAUUUCCUCCACUUACUAAACCACGAGAGAAGAAACGCCCGAUGGUUUUGGAUCCUCCAAGCGAGUCUUUCGUGGGUGCCGGUCGUGAAAAGCAAAAUUGCCUUAGCGACAAACUGGAGCGCCUUAAGAGAGAAGAAAAACUGAAGAUUGCCCAGCAGAUCCGCGGCAUUGACCUCCACGCAAUGAAACAGCCUUCCCCACUUGACUUUGCUCGCCAGGGAGAGGGAAAUGAUCCAACAUCGCCAAUUGCCAAACAAAUUUCCCUUGCUCUUACCAAGCGAGACAAUGCAGUAUUUUCGCAUUUGCGAAAUUAUCCGUCAAACAGGAAUUCGCCCACUGGCGAAGCGCAAGAUAAUGGUGGCUCCUCUGAUAUGGCUGAAUCCCGUACCCGUUUCUCAGGGCGUAAUUCAGAAUCUUCUCAACAAAAGAAUGGAAGUCCGCUUAUUUCGGGAGGUGAUAAUUUUUCUAUGCCAGUAGUGGACUGGCAACACCGCCCUUGGGACACCCACUCAGGUCAGGAAUUUACUCAUAGGUUGAAGAACUGGUUGAAAACAAUUAGUGAAUUGGAUCUUGCCCGGGUUGAUACAGACAGCCCGGAGUUCAACGAUGCACGCUUUCAUUCCAAUGGACGCGGCAUGUUUGCCUCACGAGAAAAGUCACCUAUCUCAUUCCUUGACCUGACUGAUCAAGAAAGUGCUGCACAUGCGCACGAAACAGCUAGUGGAUAUAUUUAUAAUUGGAAUACUCGCCUCGUAAAGGAACGACAAGAAGCUAAAUGGAAGAAGAAGAAAAUGGUCAUGCAAAUGCGCCUCAGCCAACAAUACCUACAAACCCUCACGAUAAGAAUGAAUCCGCACUCCCCAAAGUUAAAUCUAUACCUGCGACCUAUCGAGAAGAAGGACCUGCAGGGUUUGCUUAAACUGUUCAACUGGUAUAUUCAGAACACAGUCCGCUGUGUCGACCUGGAGCCGCUUUCCUUCGGCAAUUUGCAGGAGCGCAUUGACGAAUGUGAGCGGGAUAAGUUCCCAGCUCUCGUUGCUGUCGAGCAGAAGCCACGUCUAGGCCAUGCCCUAAAUGGGGAGGAAGAAGAAAUCUUUGGAUGCAUCCUGGCAAGUGACUUCACAGGUCCCGCCACCAUUAACCGCUACACCGCAGAAUUGGAACUUUUCGUCGAACCUAAAUACUGCCGACUAGGCGUUGGAAGUUGCCUCGUUGACAAAUUACUGGAAAUCUGCGAUUCUGACUACCACCCUAACCAGGGGUAUCAUUUCGACUGCGCUGCUGCACAGACUGAUGUGUACCGUGCGGGUAAAAACCGUCAACUCGCCAGAUUGAUAUUCAUUCUCCACCAUGUUGCCGACAACAAUUCCGAUUACCUAUGGACGAAAGAAUGGCUAGAGCGGAAAUUCGGAUUUGAUGAACAAGCCCUAUUGAAAGGCACAGGGAUAAAAGGAGCGAAAUGGUGA